GCGGGCGGGCGGGUGCCGUUCGGGCAUAGGAGGAGUCGCUUCAUCCGAGGAGCCGCCUCAUCCGGAGCGAUGAGUCGAGGCGGCUCGCAAUUGGCCGCUCACUAAUUGAGCACCGCUCGAGCCUAGCCCCGCGAUCAGUUACUCGUCGGCAGGCGCAGCAGCAAGAGAUCUUUAGCCCUCGGGACUCACGCGGCAAAGAGUCGGGCGACGCGUGGGCCAGCUGCGCUCUCCGGCAAAUGGUGGUCGGGACGGAUCCGUGAGUGAGGUCUCAGUUGUCGUCGCCAACCUCCUCGUCUCCGGCCCCCUUCCCCACUUUGGUGGGGGGACGUUCGAGGCCUCUCGCAGGGAAACGUAACCCCCUCGGAGCAAGAAACGCGUUGCAAUGUUCAAUUAUUUUUUUUAACAAAAAAAGUUUGGAACAUAAAGAAAACGCUGACACUCGCUGGGGAUAAAGUUUCGGAAGCGUUGCGCAGGACGGAGGAAUUUAAACAAAACUUCGCGGCAGAGAUCGGCGGACAAGGCAACUCCAAACCAUACUCAUCAUCACCCCGAUCCGUCUGCGUCUCUCUGGAGGAGCUCGCCGAUACGCCGCCCCACCCUCAACGGGCCCCUCCCGCGCUGCUGCGAUUCCCGCAGAGAACGCACCUCUGCCCAGAGAGAGCCCUCCAGGGCUCGUGCAGUGGCCAUGGGUCCCAACAGAUCUCCUCUCCUGCUGCUGCUACCCGGCUUCCUGCUACUGCUCCUGCUGCUACUCUGCCGCCGAGCCUGCGUGGAUGCCAGCGAGUGGUGGUCGUUGGCCCUGAAUCCUCUACAGCGCCCGGAGUUGUACCUGCUGGGAGCCCAGCCGCUGUGCUCGCAGCUGAUGGGGCUGUCUCAAGGCCAGCGCAAGCUGUGCCAGCUUUACCAGGACCACGUGGUGCACAUCGGGGACGGGGCACGCCUCGCCAUCCGCGAGUGCCAGCACCAGUUCCGUAACCGCCGCUGGAACUGCAGCACCGCGGACAGCGACUCUGUCUUUGGGCGGCUCACCCAGAUAGGGAGCCGCGAGACGGCGUUCGCCUACGCCGUGUCGGCGGCGGGCGUGGUGAACUCCGUGGCGCGCGCGUGCCGCGAGGGAGAGCUGGCCACGUGCGGCUGCAGCCGGGCGGCGCGUCCGCCGGACCUGGAGCGCGACUGGCUGUGGGGCGGCUGCGGCGACAACCUCGAGUACGGAUACCGCUUCGCCAAGGAGUUCGUGGACGCCAGGGAGCGCGAGCAGCACUUCGCGCGCGCCUCCGCCGAGAACGCGCGCGCGCUCAUGAACCUUCACAACAACGAGGCGGGCCGUCGGGCCGUCUACCGCUUGGCGGACGUGGCUUGCAAGUGCCACGGCGUGUCGGGCUCGUGCUCGCUCAAGACGUGCUGGCUGCAGCUCGCCGACUUCCGCAAGGUAGGCAAGGAGCUCAAGGAGAAGUACGACAGCGCGUCGGCCGUGCGCCUGGGACGCCGCGGCAACCUGGAGCCGGCCAGCCGCAAGUUCAGCCCGCCGUCCGUCGACAACCUGGUGCACGUGGACGCGAGCCCGGACUACUGCGUGCGCAACGAGACGACGGGUUCGCUGGGCACGGCAGGCCGCUCGUGCAACAAGACGUCAGAGGGCAUGGACGGCUGCGAGCUCAUGUGCUGCGGCCGCGGCUACGACCACUUCAAGGCGACCGUGGUGGAGCGCUGCAACUGCAAGUUCCACUGGUGCUGCUACGUCAAGUGCAAGAAGUGCACGUCGGUCGUGGACAGGUUCGUGUGCAAAUAGCGGCGGUGGCGGCGGCCGUUUCGGGCUCCGUUCCUCGCUCAUUUUCGGACUUUCUCCACCUCCUCGCCGCAACCGCCACCCGACUCCCAAACAUGACCCCCCCCAAAAAAAUUGCCUGCCCCCGACAACCCUCCCCAACCCUGCCCGCCAAUCCCCAACGCUCUGCGUAAACCACGACCGCCACUCUGGAGCAACUGGAGCAGAACAGCGCAGAAGAGGGGAGGGAAGAAAAAUCUCGAAGACUGAUGUUGUUCUUGAGCGCUUGCUCCCGUCCAAGCAACUGAAGCAAAUCUGAGAGAGAAAACCCCGGCAGGCAGCUUGAAUGAGUUUGCACACACGUGCCUCUUUAUUGCCGGAUCGCGGCCGUGCUCGUCAUGGAUGGACAUUGCGAGUUGCGACGUGGGAGCGGAUAUUUGAGCACUGGCACGUGAAGAAAGUUUUCAUUUGAGAAGUAAGAAGAGGGAAAAAAAUACUUUUUAUUUAAUUGCGGCCAGGUGCAUACACACAAAUACACAACGAGUUGGGGGGUUGUUUUUGUUCAUGUUUGUACCCCAUCAGUGGACAAACUUGCAAUGAGAUGGUUGUCCUAAAUCUUUCAAAAGCUGGAAAAUGCUUGGAAAUAAAUGGGUAUAUAUGUAUUGCCCAUUGUAACUGAAAAUGUUUAAAUGGUAGGUUGACAAACCAAAGAACAUUCUCUGCUUUUUUUUACAUAAACUGUUUGUAAAGCUGAACUAUCAUAUUAAGUAAUUAAACAAUCUAUUAAAUAUAUAUUCUAGCAUAGACCAAAGCCUUAUUUUCUAAAGUGAAACGGUACGGUGGUAUAUGAAACGUUCCUAGAUUUAUUUCACUUAAUAGACCAUACCAAACAGCAAUAGCUGGCAUUGGACUCAACACAACACCGCGUAAAUAAAAUCUACCCCUUGUGCCUUUGUAAAUAAUACGGUUCCGAGGAUGAUGCCUUUCCUUGACUUGCACUGGGGUAGCCAGCACUUCUCGCUGUUGCGUGAUAAACUUUGUUAGUUCCUUGGGACUUGUGUAAUUUGUGCUAUCGGGGCUUGCAAGACAAAGUUGUGGUCCUUUGUGGUUUCUGUUUUUUUCUCCCCAUUUUUUCACGCGCACACAUCCUUCCAGCGCCCUCUACGAGACAAACCGGGCAAACACGAAACACGUAAUAAAGGAAUGGCAACCCGUUAUUGCAUCGCAAAGAAUUGACGCGGCGAAUUUCAUUUGUUUGGGUUGUUGUUGUUGGGUUUUUUCACGGAGACAAUUGUUCAACUUUGAAACUCAGAUUGAUUUCAGUAGCCUAUGUGUGUACGUGUAAGACCCAUUGCAAGCUCGAACCCCCCCUCACCCCCUUGUUUAAAGCUUGGAUGAUGGAAUUGUGCUAAUAAUGGGUUAGGCCUGCCACUGCAUGUUAAGUGCAUUUUAUUUAUUUGUUUAAUGAUUAUGCAUUCAAAGUACAGUAAUAACGUGUUUGACAAGACACCCAUUAAAUGGGUGAUGGAUCCGUACAGCACCGUACGCCUAUCCACCGUUGACUUACAGACGCACAUUUAUUUUUAAUAAUGCAUGUAACCGUUUAUUUAUUUAUACGUGGAUUCAUUGUGGUCACCUUUAACGCUACAAAUGUAUAAUUUCUUAUCUAUAUUUUGGAUACUUAUCGAAAAUAAAGGCGGCAGUAGGAUACGAUUUAGACUGGACGACAUUAACGGGACUGUACAUCGUCAUAGCUCACAGCGGCACACAACUUAAAGGAUAUGCCAAAAGAUGCAGCAUUGUGGAGCAUGAAUAAAUUGUUUUGGCAAAUAAAUAAAUAUAGCUACUUAUUGACCCAACCCAUGGUUGUGUGACAGGCAGGAAUUUAUUUCUGUAGUGCAAAUGCUUGUGGUGUGUGGAGUUUGAUGAAAUUCCAUGGUGGACAAACUACACGGUAAGAAAUUACAGUAUUAGGCUUGUGGAUGAUGAUGAUGGUGGUGGUGGUAAGUGUGUGAACUGUUUUACUUCGAUGAAUAUACUCUACGCCCAUUUGUUAAUCCAUUGCUGGAUGAAAGCCUCCCAAUGCCAUGUUGGUCAAUGAGGACCACCCAUAAAGGUAGGGGAGGGUCUGCUAGCUAGAGUAAUAGUCCACAUCUCAACUGGCAUCUCAACUGAUCCCACUCACCAAUUGCUAUUGGCCAAGGCUGGAAAUCAAACUCUGGUCGUAGGGUGCAUAGUGCAGUGAGCGAACCACCGCUCUGCCACAUAUGUACAGCCCUUUGUCAAUCCACUGCUGGAUGAAGGCCUCCACACGGUAGGUUUGUCACGGGUGGUUGAUUGUCAAUCCACUGCUGGAUGAAGGCCUCCACACGGUAGGUUGGUCACGGGUGGUUGAUUGCUCACCAUACUGGUCUGUGUGGGUUAGUGAAUGCCUGCGGGUAGCAUAGACACAGGACAAUAGAAUAUGGCCACACUCUAAACGUAUAUAUUUAAUACCAUGAUCAUUUGGCAUUGAGGCUUGGACCAUGCAUCACAUGGUGUGCAUGGUUGAAGCUGCGUAUAUUAAAAAAAAACAUCUCUGGGUCUUCACAAACGAAUCUGGGUCCUUGGAAGAAACUCUGCUGUGAAGUUCAGUGCGCACAAGUGGACUUCCAUGAGUUUGCUGCAUGCUACAAACAAAAGGCCCACAGGCAUGGACUUCUUUUGCUGAAUGUGAUCAGUCAGUGCAAAUGUGGUUUCAUACAGCUCUGAUUUACUGCUAUGUCUGUGUCCAUUUGGCACACAAUUAACAUUUGAGGUCGGCGCUUUGUCUUACUAUUAAAUUACAGUGAUAUCGUGACUUGUCAUAUAAUCUAUACAUGGGUUUAAACAUUUACACAAAAAUGCGGGUUUCUCAAGAAGAAAUGGGUCAAUAACAGAACUCCCAGAAUUCCAACACUCUGCAGGGACAUCACCCCAUGGAUUACAUGUGCUGGAUUGAGGCCAACGUAUGCAAUACUGUAAAUAGAUGGUAGGAAACGCGUGGGAAGAUCCAGUUUGUGAUCAGAAGCAGCUGCGUUUUGAUGUCUGAAUGACACACAGUGGCUCUCGUUCUAGCCCAGCUCAAGGAGUUGCGUUGGCGCAAAGGUUCUCUGUUCUUCAUCACAAACAGGGCAGGAACUUUCCAGUUCGAAACACACCAUGCCCAGGAGACAAUGACAUUGGUUCAAACUUACAUUGGACCAGAUGGAUAAGGGGGUUAUGGUUCCGUGUCUGAAAGAUAAUAAUCAAAAUAAUACCGUGCCCCGAUGUAAAAAUAAAUGUUAAAAUAGACGGGCAUAAUUUUUAUUGCAGAGAUGAAACCCAAGAAUUACCUCAUGCUUCAAGGCAUGGUGAGUGCACAUCACAAUGAACUAGUGUUCGUUUAGUCAGAAUUUGCUUUAAUUUUAGGCACUAUUACUCUAGUCGACAACCUGUGUAAUUAUAUUAAUGUCUUAGUCUGUGGAUUCCAUUGCGUAAUUAUCUAAAUAUAAUUGAUGAAAGAAGUAAAAAUGUAGUCCACUCUUAAGUCGCUACAUGUUGGUGUGAGGGGAGGGGGCGAGAUUUCCCACCCACCCAAUCAAUAUUCGUCAGUCAUGCUUAGCUUUUUGAUGGGGAAUCGGUGAUGAUCAUGCUCGAUAAAAAAAAACCCAGUCGUUGACUAAAAUGAAAAAAUAUACGAAGUUUAAUAUUUUCAUUACUAAUUUUAUCAAAAAAAUUAACACUACUCAAAAAAGCCUGAAUAAAAUUCCGUGCCAAGAAUUAAAUCAGUGAUAACAUCUGAACUUAAUGAAUUGGUGGCCCUUCACCACCUCAUGCUGACGAGUGUAAUUAAGUAUGGCCAAACAAACAACCCCCAACGACAUGGUGUAGACAGGGUAUCCAGCAGUGGACUGACAUUAAUAAAUGAGAGCUUAAAUUUCGAUUUAAAGCUUUCGUGACUGCAGGGAUUCAUCUUCUUGGUUCUUUCGGUAAAGUCACGUAGAAGGGAAGUAAUAAAAUAAUAAAAAUAAAACAUAAUAAAAUAAUUCUCACGACGUUUCGGCCACAACGCAAACAGCCGUCCUCAGGUGAAAACCAGGUCUGUCGGGGAGACAGCGUCUGAAUGAAACAGCACA